AUGGGAUUAUCAGCUCGUUUUCUUGGGUGUUUUCUUUUAGUUGUUCUGUUUGUUGAUUGUGUGGUGUUUGCUGAUGUUAAUGGAGGUGAAGAUGAGAAGUUCCUCCUUGGACAUAAACGUCCAAAGUAUGGGAAACGUUUUGGACGUGGGAUUUAUGGUAAGGGUUUUAGACAUGGUGGAGGUUUAGGUGGAGGUGCUGGUGGUGGUCUGGGAGGCGGAGGCGGAUUAGGAGGUGGCGGCGGGCUAGGACAUGGUGGAGGUCUAGGUGGUGGUGCAGGUGGAGGAGGUGGUCUUGGAGGUGGUGCCGGUGGUGGGGGUGGAUUAGGAGGAGGUGGUGGACUAGGUCAUGGUGGAGGUCUAGGAGGUGGUGCAGGCGGUGGGUUGGGUCACGGUGGAGGUCUAGGAGGUGGUGGUGGACUAGGUGGAGGAGGUGGACUUGGUGGGGGUGGUGGAGUAGGUGGUGGAGCUGGUGGUGGUUUUGGCGGUGGAGCUGGAGGAGGACUUGGUGGAGGUGGUGGACUUGGUGGUGGUGGUGGAGCUGGUGGUGGAGGAGGCAUAGGUGGAGGUGCAGGUGGUGGUGCUGGAGGUGGUUUUGGUGCAGGUGGAGGUGCUGGAGGUGGUUUAGGUGGAGGUGGAGGCGGAGGCUUUGGUGGUGGUGGAGGUGGUGGUAUUGGUGGUGGUGCUGGUGCUGGAGGAGGGUUUGGAGCUGGUGGAGGCGUUGGCGGAGGUGGUGGUUUAGGAGGUGGAGGUGGUGGUGGUUUUGGUGGUGGAGGAGGCAUUGGUGGUGGUAAGCAUUGA